UGUCAAGAUGGCUGCACACAGUAUUCCAAUUAUGCAGACGUCCUAUGAAAGUGGCAACUGCGAUUUCUGCAAACAAAGGAAUGUUAAAGUUAAACCUUUGAAUUGCAAAAGACAUUUUUACUGCAGAACGUGUAAUGAUUUCUCGCCGAAAUUUCAGAGAAAAGACUUUCAAUGUCGGGCUUGUUCAGAAAGAUUCCAAAAACGUACGGAAGAUAAUUUGAAAAAAGUAGAUAACUUUCUGGGAGGAAAAAUAGGAGGUUGUGAAAAACAAAAGGAUGUCAACCUAAGCAUUGCAGGUGGAAGUAUAAUAACAUUCGACAAAGAAAACUUAGAGGAAGAGUCAGACGAAGAUUUGACAGGAAAUAACGAUGAAUGGGAACACUUGCUGCAAACAAUGACAACAGAAAAACAAAAAAAGAAAGACAAACCAACUCAUAAAAGGAAAAAAAAGUCAAAUAGGCCUCUACAACUUGUUCCAAGAGAAAUGUCGUUUAUGAAAUUAGUUCUUCCAACUGCCACUCGUCGAAACGGUGAAAGGUCCGAAGAAAAGAAAAAUGAAAACAAGAACAAGAAGGAAGCGACUUGGUGUCAUUCAAAAGAGAUAUUAAUCCCUGAAGACAACGACCAGAGUAACAUAUCACCCGAGGAAUCCAGACCAAACACACCAAUGGAUCUCUUCCAAGAAGAACGUUGUACAUCUCCGGUUAAAACACCACGUCAACAGAAGCCUACUUGGGGAUGGAUACCUAAUACUCGGAUAUUUACAGACACUGAUGAUGAUGAUGAUACUAUAGAACUAGUCAUUGAUAUCGAGGCUCCUCCAGAUUCUCCUAGAUCUUAUGAUGAGUCAAUCAUUACACAAAUAGAAAGGGAUGCAUUUUGGGAUUUUUAAUGUUGGAUUUCAAGAUUUUGGUAUAUUCUAUGUCUCUCGCACCUUUUCUACUCACCUGUUUGUUUCUCUGUAGAAAACCUUUGUUCAGUUUUUAUUACACGUUAUUCAUUUUACAAUGGUAUUGUUAUAUCUAUUUAACUUCCAGAACUAUUGGUUCCCUUCGUUUCUAUUGAUUAGGAACAAAAAUAGAUGUAAGAUCUUCGUCAACGAUACUGCAUCCCAGAUAUUCGAUCGAGGGUAAAACAUGCGACAAUGCGUACUAAAAUUUGUCUCAUACGCGCUAAUAAAAAGAACACGAGUUUUAAG